AUGAAGUACAAAUCUCCCGCCGUAGAAGACUACACCGACACCGACGGCAGCUCAGUCCCAGUCGCAGAGAAGCGCAAGCGAGAGCACAAAGAACGCAAGACAUCUGAUCGCGACGACUCAGAGCAACCCCCGAACAAAGUCUCCAAGUCCGCCAGUGGAAACCCCAGCCCUAAAGAGGAGAACAAGGCAGACUCUGAAACCAACCGCGAAGAAUGGAAUAACGGUUACGAAGGCUACGAAGACCAAGAGGAGGAGGAAAAACUGAAAAAGGGCGCAAAGCAAAAUGAAGAAGGCGGCUUGGAAGGUGCUGAAGGAGAAUUUGAAGAUAGCGAGCAUGCUAAACCCCCAGAAUCACCCAAAGUGCAUAAGACUAUCGAGGAAUUUGGCCGGCAGCCACUAGAGGGUACUUCCCUUGCGAAGGAGCCGCUCACUGCAUCUCCGGAUACGGUGCUUGCGAUGGUGAUUGACGCGAUGUUGAAGUCGCGGCCAAUUUCCCAUGAUCUUUCGCAGCGUGCGGUGAAUAGGAUCAUUGACGAAGGGUAUCAUGAUAUCCGAAAGUUGGGGGAAAGUAGUUGGGAGGAAAGGACGAUGGUGCUAAAGGAGGGGGGUUAUAAUCGGUAUCGAGAGCAAGGUGCUACUAACCUGGGCGAUUUGGCAGACUUCAUCAAUGGGCAGUACGAUGGUGACCUGAACAAUCUUCUGAGAAAAGCUGGAAACGACCGCAAAAAGACCAGGGAUUUGAUCAAGGAGAUCAAAGGUCUAGGUGACCUCGGUGUCGAUCUCUUUCUGAACAACGUCCAAAGCGUGUGGCCUUCCAUGGCGCCCUUCGUGGAUGCGCGCAGUCUCAAGACAGCAGAUGAGAUUGGCAUUAGCACAGAUCUCGAGGCAAUCUAUGAAAGCCUGGAUCGAGACUCAAUGAGGAUGAGCAGGCUGGCAAAUGGAUUGUCCCACGUGCGGCUGGAUAAGAAGCAACGAGAGGUUAUGGAAGUUUGA